UAAAGUCUUUGGUGAUGUUUCCUUGCUUUUUCUUACUUUCUUUCUUGAUGAGUAAGAGGGUCUUGUACGUUUUCCAGUGUUUGGCCUUUUUUUUUUUGUUAUUAUUUUUUUUUUUAAUCCUCUGCAGCGCGGUGACUGAGUCAGUCAUGUAUGGACCAUUUUAUAAUCUGGGCAUUUCACAAUUCUUCCUCACUUCAAAGCCAAAGGUACCAACUCAAAAUGAGAGAAUUUUUGGGUUUUUUUAAUCUUUAGCCUCUUUACUGGGAUAUCUUUUUAUUUGUUACUUUUUUUUUUCAGUAUAUACUUCUAUAUGCGUCUAUUUUAUUAGAGGAGUUUUCUCUUCUUCUUUGAUUGGGAAAUUGUCUCUUUUUCUUUGUUUUAUCCUCUCUCCAAUGGAAGUUUGAAUUUUUAAUUCGUUUUCUUGGUUUGUUUACUAAGCAAAAAAGUUGUCAAGUGGGAUUUUCUGCUCCAAUUCUGAGAACACCUUUUAGUCGCAAGUCAUUUUUGUGUGAAAUAUCUUAGCCUUUUAUUGGGAUUUUAUCUUUAGCUUGUGUGACAACUUGCGGCAAUCAUUUUAGACUUUUUUAUUGUAGUUCUGUCAUCUCUUCACUCCAAUAAAAAUUUGAUUCUUUUUUCUUUUUUCCGUUUUCUUUGCUUGGUUUUGUUUGUUCCAUUUAGGAGAACCAGAGAAUAACCACAAAAAAGUUGUCAAAUGGGGUUUCAAUUCUGAGCAGGAACCUUUUAUUUGUACUUCAUUUUGUUUGAAGAAUCUUAAGCCUUUUAGGCAAAUGGCUUUGGCUUUGAUCUGGUCUUUGGUGGUUUUACUGAGUAUUAGUAGUAUUAGUUUAAGUCAUGCCACUUUGAAUGACAUUUACUGCUUGAAAACCAUAAAAAAAUCUUUUAACGACCCUUAUGGCUACUUGGCCUCUUGGGAUUUCAACAACAAUACUGAAGGCUUCAUUUGUAAGUUUAUUGGUGUGGAUUGUUGGCACCCUGAUGAGAACAAAGUCCUGAAUAUCCGCCUCUCAGACAUGGGUCUCCGAGGCGAGUUCCCACGUGGAAUCGAGAAUUGCACUAGCUUGACAGGCUUAGAUCUUUCCAACAACAUCCUAUCGGGGCCUAUCCCUUUCGACAUAUCGAAAAGACUACAAUAUGUGACAUCUCUUGACCUUUCUUCCAACAAUUUUUCCGGCGAGAUUCCACUUAGUCUCGCGAAUUGUACUUACCUGAACGUCCUUAAACUUGAAAACAACAAGUUAACGGGGAAUAUACCUCUGCAACUUGUUCAGCUCGGUAGGCUCAAAACGUUCAACGUCGCCAACAAUCUCUUGACAGGGCCAGUCCCUGCUUUUCCAAAUUCUACAGCCAAGGCGGAUAGCUAUGCCAAUAAUCCAGGACUUUGCGGGGCGCCACUGAGGUCAUGUCCCGUUAUGCAGAAGAAAUCUCGCAGUGGUGGUGUUGUUGCUGCUGCAGCCGCUGGUGCGGGGGUGCUUACCGCUAUUGUUGUGGCCUCUGCUUUGUACUACUUCUCGCCGAGAGUUAUGAGGAAGGAGCAUGAUCCUGAGGGUAACAAAUGGGCAAAGAGCAUUAAAGGAACCAAAGGAAUCAAGGUGUCGGUAUUCUUGAAAUCGCUUUCGAAAAUGAGGUUUAGUGAUCUCAUGAAGGCAACUGACAACUUCCACAAGGAUAACAUCAUUGGCGGCAGCAGGACUGGAACAAUGUACAGGGCAAUGCUUCCUAAUGCUCAAGUCCUCAUAGUUAAGAGGCUGCAAGACUCGCAACAUCAGAAGAAAGAAUUCGCUUCCGAAAUGAACACAUUGGGUAGCCUAAAACACUGCAACUUGGUUCCUCUGUUAGGCUUUUGUGAGGCGGGAAAGGAAAGGCGUAUCGUGUAUGAAUACAUGGAAAACGGGAGUCUGUAUGAUCAACUCCAUCCUUUGGAAUCCGAGGCAGCCAGCAACAUGGACUGGCCCUUGAGACUGAGGAUCGCAAUUGGAGCUGCGAAAGGUCUGGCGUGGCUUCACCAUAACUGCAAUCCUAGAAUCAUCCAUAGGAACAUCAGCUCCAAGUGCAUUCUCUUGGACAUGGAUUUCGAGCCUAAGUUAUCUGGCUUUGGCCUUGCAAGGCUGAUGGACCCCAUUGACACCCAUUUGAGUACUUUUGUGAACGGUGAGUUCGGAGAUUUGGGUUAUGUGGCUCCUGAAUAUCCCCAGAAGUUGGUGGCAACUCCGAAAGGCGAUGUCUAUAGCUUUGGAGUGGUUCUCUUGGAGUUGAUCACAGGAGAAAAGCCAACUCAUGUGACUAAAGCUCCUGAAAGCUUCAAGGGAAGUUUGGUGGAGUGGAUUACCGAGCUGUCGAGCAAAUCUCUCCUCAAAACUGCCAUUGACAAGACUUUGCUCCAAAAGGGUUUCGACAACGAGAACGAGCUCACCCAGUUUCUCAAAGUCGCUUGCAACUGUGUAUUGCCAACACCAAAAGAGAGGCCUACCAUGUUCGAAGUUUACCAGCUUCUUCGAGCAAUUGGUGAGAAAUACCAUUUCACCACAGAUGAUGAGAUCUUAGUUCCGACCAACAGUGAUGAUGCCUACUUCCCUGAUGAACUCAUUGUUGCUCGGGAGAAUGAUCACAGUCCGCAGAAAGAUGAGUGAUUUAUCAACACAGAGAGAGAGAGAUGAGCCUAUCUACUACGUUAUGCUUCAUGAGCAGAGACCAUAUGCAGCUGUGAUGAGAAGCGAUUGUAUGCCUGUGCCAUAUAUUUUUCAAGUUUUGACUGCCAAGUGUGUGUAUAUACAAGUCAAUUUUCUCUCCUUUUUUUUUUUUUUUUUUGGAAAGAUAGUCUAUUCACUGUACCAAUAGUUUUGGAAAAUAAUAAUAUCACGCACAACUUCCAACU